AUGAGCGUCGCGUCCGGGGGGUCCGCGUCGUCGCUGACGGAGCGCGCGCGGGCGGCGUCCUCGAGCUCGCGCCCGGACGACGACGCGACUCUUCGCUUCAAUCGCGUCGACGGAGGAGGCGACGGAAGGAAGGGUGCCAUCCCCGUGUACGUGAUGCUCCCGCUCGACACCGUGAGCCGCGACGGCCGUCUGCAGCGAGUCGACGCGCUGUCCGCGCAGCUCGCGAGGCUCGCGAGCGCGGGCGUCGCCGGCGUCAUGGUGGACGUGUGGUGGGGCAUCGUCGAGCGCGCGCGACCGAUGGAGUACGACUGGGACGCGUACCUGCAGCUCGCGUCGAUCGUGGGCUCGCUCGGGCUGAAGCUCCACGCGGUGCUCUCGUUCCACGCGUGCGGCGCGAACCGGGACGACGACUACCACGUCCCGCUCCCGUCGUGGGUCACGGACGCGGUGAAUCGCGACCCGGACGGGCUGCUCUUCAUGGACCGCGCGGGGACGCGAUCGGACGAGUACAUCUCGCUCUUCGCGGACGACUCCCCGAUGCCGAUGCUCGCGACGCCGAUAGACUGCUACAGGGACAUGAUGAUCUCGUUCCGCGACGCGUUCCGCGAGUACAUCUCGCCGCCGAACGCCGUCGUCGACGAGAUCCUCGUCGGCGCCGGACCGUGCGGCGAGCUCAGAUAUCCCGCGUACGCGAUGUCCAGAGGGUGGGAGUUUCCGGGCGUCGGGGAGUUCCAGUGCUACGACAGGCGCGCGUUGGAGUCUCUCGCCGCGGCUGCGAACGCGGUGGGGAGGCCGGAGUGGGGCGGCGCCGGGCCGCACGAUGCGGGGAGUUACAAUUCGCACCCGGACGACACCGACUCGCUCGCGGCCGCGGACACCCCGGUCGGGCGGUGGGACAGCGACUACGGACGGUUCUUCCUCACGUGGUACAGCGACGAGCUCGUGUCGCACGGGGAGCGGGUGUUGACCGCGGCGAGGGAAGCGUUCGACGGCGUCGGCGCGAGGCUGGCGAUCAAGUGCGCGGGCAUUCACUGGUGGUACAGAACGCGAGCGCACGCCGCGGAGCUCACGACGGGGGGGAGGGGCAUCGGGUUCGGCGGCAGCGGGUACGAUAAGAUCAUGGCGCUGUGUAAGCGGAGCGGCGCGAGCGUGACGUUUACGUGCGCGGAGAUGGCGGACAAGGAGCACACGCCGUUCCACAAGUGCGGGCCGGAGGGUUUGCUGAGGCAGGUGGUGAACGCCGCGGAGAGGCACGGCGUGGAGAUCAGCGCGGAGAACGCGUUGUUUCGCUGCGACGGCGACGCGUUUCGACAGACGGAGAAAAACUGCGGCGCGAACGUCGUCGGGGACGCGGGGACGUCGCGCGCGGCGAGGAUGCACUCGUUCACGUUCUUGCGUCUGUGCGACACGCUCAUGGAGGAAGGGAACUUCGCGGAGUUUGCGAAGUUCGUUAGGAACAUGUCCGCGGGCGCCGCGGGGGGAUCGGAGUAG